AUGGCCACGACAGGCGUGUCCAUCACGCCUGCACAGGCUAUCGUCGCCGUCCCGCCACUGGCUAUGGCCCCCGCCUUGGCCGCCCGGCCGUCCGUAGCUCCCUCACCAGGCCCUGGGACCCCCGGCUCUAUCACCUCCAAGGAAUGGGUUAUUCCACCUCGUCCCAAGCCUGGUCGCAAGCCUGCGACAGACACACCACCCACAAAGCGCAAGGCUCAAAACCGUGCCGCCCAGCGAGCCUUCCGAGAGCGACGGGCCGCCCGAGUCCAGGAGCUCGAGGAGCAGAUUAAAGAGAUCGAGGAUGGCCAUGAGGUCCGCAUUGCCGCCUUUACCGAGCAGAUCAGCAACCUCUCGAGAGAGGUGGAACAGGCCCGGGAGGAGGUGAACUGGUGGCGCGACCGAUGCCAUUCCCUGGAGAAGGAAGUUUCGAUCGAACGAAGUGCCAAGGAGGCUCUAGUCAAGGAAUUCCGGUCGUCCGUGUCUGCCUCGACCAUUCACCAAAAGCCCUCUAUGCCCGACUCGGUGCCGCUUCCACCGCGCAAUCGUCCUUCCACCCGAAGCUCCCGCAUGGAAGGUGUGGUCGCAACUAGCGCCGACCAGAACAAGGAAGAUGAUAACGUGCCUUUGGGAUGCAACAGCUGCACUUCCACGCACUGCCAGUGUAUCGAAGAUGCCUUUGGAAUGCCCAUCGAUACCCACGAGUCCUCUCGUGCUAGACAUCCCCCUCAUGGUGUGGGCAGCCCCGUCCGUGAGAUGUCAGAGCCGCAGAUCAAGCCCGACCCGGAGGAGAUGGAGAUUGAUUUUACAUCUCGAUUUGCCGCCGUUCCUGUGCAGGCCAGUUCCAACAACACUAGCAAUGUCUCUUCGCCGCCCGUGGAUCCCUGCGGUUUUUGCCAGGACGGCACACCCUGCAUCUGCGCCGAGAUGGCCGCCCAGGAGCAGCAGCAACAGCAGCAGCGUGGCCGGCGCAGUUCUUUCGAGAACAACCGCCUGGCACCCAUCCAGUCUAUCUCUCAAUUUACCCCUCCACCUUCCGACGGUGAUGUCCGCUCGGAAGUAGUUCUCCCGCCGAUCAGCCAAGCGACCAACCCCUGCGCCAAUGGCCCCGCCUCCCGGUCAUCGAGCGGAACUCCCGCGGGAGGAGGAUGCUGCGGCGGCAAGGGAACCGACGGGGGAUGCUGCAUGUCGCGAAGUGCCCCCACCUCCUCGACCGCGCGUGACAACCCCUCCAUGCCUCCGCAAUCUACCGCACCCAAGCCCUCUACGCCCAGUGCACUCACCCUGAGCUGUGCCGACGCCUUUACAACACUAUCUCGCCACCCGAACUUUUCCCGGGCCAGCGACGAGAUCUCAACAUGGCUGCCGAAGCUGCACACCCUCCCCAACCCUCAGGAAUUGGCACUAGCCGAGGCCCGUGGCAGCCGUCCUGCUAUGGAGGUUGAAGCAGCCAGCGUCAUGGGUGUGCUGCGCUACUUUGAUCGGCGCUUCGCUGAUAAAUAA